AACAUCCUCCAAGCAGAUGAAGGUGAGAUGAAGAAGACCAUCACACAGCUGGAGGAGGAGAACAAUGAUCUGAAGAAGACCCUGAGUCUCAAGGAGGAGUUACUGAAGGUCACUCUGGCUGAAGCUGAGGAGAAACAUCAGAAGACCAUCAGUCAGCUGGAGGAGGAGAUGUUUGACCUGAAAGAAAAGGUGGAGACUCUGAGAGAGACAGUGGAGGACAUGGGGAACCAGCUCAUUGAGACUAACAGAGAGUGUGAUGAGUUACUGAACGAGCGAGAGACUCACAACAUCCUCCAAGCAGAGAACGAUGGGAUGAAGAAGACCAUCACACAGCUGGAGGAGGAGAAAGAUGAGAUGAAGACCCUGAGUCUCAAGGAGGAGAUACUGAAGGUCACUCUGGCUGAAGCUGAGGAGAAACAUCAGAAAGAUGUGGAGACCAUCCAUCAGCUGGAGAAAGAGAAGUCUGACCUGACAGAAAAGGUGGAGGCUCUGAGAGAGACAGUGGAGGACAUGGGGAACCAGCUCAUUGAGACUAACAGAGAAUGUGAUGAGUUACUGAACGAGCGAGAGACUCACAACAUCCUCCAAGCAGAGAACGAUGAGAUGAAGAAGACCAUCACACAGCUGGAGGAGGAGAAAGAUGAGAUGAAGACCCUGAGUCUCAAGGAGGAGUUACUGAAGGUCACUCUGGCUGAAGCUGAGGAGAAACAUCAGAAAGAUGUGGAGACCAUCCAUCAGCUGGAGAAAGAGAAGUCUGACCUGACAGAAAAGGUGGAGGCUCUGAGAGAGACAGUGGAGGACAUGGGGAACCAGCUCAUUGAGACUAACAGAGAAUGUGAUGAGUUACUGAACGAGCGAGAGACUCACAACAUCCUCCAAGCAGAGAACGAUGAGAUGAAGAAGACCAUCACACAGCUGGAGGAGGAGAAAGAUGAGAUGAAGAAGACCAUCACACAGCUGGAGGAGGAGAAAGAUGAGAUGAAGAAGACCCUGAGUCUCAAGGAGGAGUUACUGAAGGUCACUCUGGCUGAAGCUGAGGAGAAACAUCAGAAAGAUGUGGAGACCAUCCAUCAGCUGGAGAAAGAGAAGUCUGACCUGACAGAAAAGGUGGAGGCUCUGAGAGAGACAGUGGAGGACAUGGGGAACCAGCUCAUUGAGACUAACAGAGAAUGUGAUGAGUUACUGAACGAGCGAGAGACUCACAACAUCCUCCAAGCAGAGAACGAUGAGAUGAAGAAGACCAUCACACAGCUGGAGGAGGAGAAAGAUGAGAUGAAGACCCUGAGUCUCAAGGAGGAGUUACUGAAGGUCACUCUGGCUGAAGCUGAGGAGAAACAUCAGAAAGAUGUGGAGACCAUCCAUCAGCUGGAGAAAGAGAAGUCUGACCUGACAGAAAAGGUGGAGGCUCUGAGAGAGACAGUGGAGGACAUGGGGAACCAGCUCAUUGAGACUAACAGAGAAUGUGAUGAGUUACUGAACGAGCGAGAGACUCACAACAUCCUCCAAGCAGAGAAUGAUGAGAUGAAGAAGACUCUGAGUCACAAGGAGGAGUUACUGAAGGUCACUCUGGCUGAAGCUGAGGAGAAACAUCAGAAGACCAUCAGUCAGCUGGAGGAGGAGAUGUUUGACCUGACAGAAAAGGUGGAGACUCUGAGAGACACAGUGAAGAUACUGAUGAAGAAGCUCAUUAAGACUGACAGAGAGUGUGAUGAGAGAAUAAACGUCACUCUGGCUGAAGCUGAGGAGAAACAUCAGAAAGAUGUGGAGACCAUCCAUCAGCUGGAGAAAGAGAAAGAUGAGAUGAAGAAGACUCUGAACAACAAAGAGGAGUUUCUAAAGGUCACUCUGGCUGAAGCUGAGGAGAAACAUCAGAAGACCAUCAGUCAGCUGGAGGAGGAGAUGUUUGACCUGACAGAAAAGGUGGAGACUCUGAGAGACACAGUGAAGAUACUGAUGAAGAAGCUCAUUAAGACUGACAGAGAGUGUGAUGAGAGAAUAAACGUCACUCUGGCUGAAGCUGAGGAGAAACAUCAGAAGGAUGUGGAGACCAUCCAUCAGCUGGAGAAAGAGAAAGAUGAGAUGAAGAAGACUCUGAACAACAAAGAGGAGUUUCUAAAGGUCACUCUGGCUGAAGCUGAGGAGAAACAUCAGAAGACCAUCAGUCAGCUGGAGGAGGAGAUGUUUGACCUGACAGAAAAGGUGGAGACUCUGAGAGACACAGUGAAGAUACUGAUGAAGAAGCUCAUUAAGACUGACAGAGAGUGUGAUGAGAGAAUAAACGUCACUCUGGCUGAAGCUGAGGAGAAACAUCAGAAGGAUGUGGAGACCAUCCAUCAGCUGGAGAAAGAGAAAGAUGAGAUGAAGAAGACUCUGAACAACAAAGAGGAGUUUCUAAAGGUCACUCUGGCUGAAGCUGAGGAGAAACAUCAGAAGACCAUCAGUCAGCUGGAGGAGGAGAUGUUUGACCUGACAGAAAAGGUGGAGACUCUGAGAGACACAGUGAAGAUACUGAUGAAGAAGCUCAUUAAGACUGACAGAGAGUGUGAUGAGAGAAUAAACGUCACUCUGGCUGAAGCUGAGGAGAAACAUCAGAAGGAUGUGGAGACCAUCCAUCAGCUGGAGAAAGAGAAAGAUGAGAUGAAGAAGACUCUGAACAACAAAGAGGAGUUUCUAAAGGUCACUCUGGCUGAAGCUGAGGAGAAACAUCAGAAGACCAUCAGUCAGCUGGAGGAGGAGAUGUUUGACCUGACAGAAAAGGUGGAGACUCUGAGAGACACAGUGAAGAUACUGAUGAAGAAGCUCAUUAAGACUGACAGAGAGUGUGAUGAGAGAAUAAACGUCACUCUGGCUGAAGCUGAGGAGAAACAUCAGAAAGAUGUGGAGACCAUCCAUCAGCUGGAGAAAGAGAAAGAUGAGAUGAAGAAGACUCUGAACAACAAAGAGGAGUUUCUAAAGGUCACUCUGGCUGAAGCUGAGGAGAAACAUCAGAAGAUCAUCAGUCAGCUGGAGGAGGAGAUGUUUGACCUGACAGAAAAGGUGGAGACUCUGAGAGACACAGUGAAGAUACUGAUGAAGAAGCUCAUUAAGACUGACAGAGAGUGUGAUGAGAGAAUAAACGUCACUCUGGCUGAAGCUGAGGAGAAACAUCAGAAGGAUGUGGAGACCAUCCAUCAGCUGGAGAAAGAGAAAGAUGAGAUGAAGAAGACUCUGAACAACAAAGAGGAGUUUCUAAAGGUCACUCUGGCUGAAGCUGAGGAGAAACAUCAGAAGAUCAUCAGUCAGCUGGAGGAGGAGAUGUUUGACCUGACAGAAAAGGUGGAGACUCUGAGAGACACAGUGAAGAUACUGAUGAAGAAGCUCAUUAAGACUGACAGAGAGUGUGAUGAGAGAAUAAACGUCACCUUGGCUCAAGCUGUGGAUGAUGUGGAGACCAUCGCUCAGCUGGAGAAGGAGAACGCUGACCUGAGAAUUGAGGUGGAGACUCUGAGAGACACAGUGAAGAUACUGGGGAAGAAGCUGUUUGAGUGUAACAGAGUGUGAUGAGAGAAUAAACAUAAGUUAGAAAAAACCUUGUAUUAAUCAGAUCCUUUACUUUAAUUCUGUUUAAGCGUUACACAUCCACCAUUUCCUCUCCUGAAAAUGUGACUGCUGUUGUGUAACAGCAAGUAUAACAUUUUAAAACAAAUGAUAGAUUUUUAUGUAAAACUGAACAAAUGAUUUUCUAUUGCAUAUUUCAGUGAUUUAUUUUAAAAUGUAUAAUGAAAUU